GUGGAGUAAAUUACACAGACUGUUUGGGCGGGAGGCAGGAAACACUGCAGGAAGAGGUUGCUUCUCAGCCAACAUUAUUUCAGUUCCACACUUUCACGUACCAUUUUGAGUGCACGAGUGCGUUCACACUGAGAAGUACGGCAAAAUGCAGCGUGCCGUCAGUACCCGGAUGUUGCACUCAACACGGCCAAAGUGAUGUAGAGGGCAUUUUGACUGACAGAAUAACUUGAGUGGUUGCAAAAAAAGAAGAGAAGAGGAAGCAGAUAAAUAUUGCAGCCAUCAUUUCUGGAGUGCAGUGAGGUCCAUGGAGCAGUCAACUGAGUGUUUGUGGAGGAGGACCCACCUUGAUGAGCUUGCAGCGGAUCUGCGCGGACACCAUGUGGCUGUUCCUCAGGUUGCCCACUCGGAACAUGAGGCACAGCUUGCCGUCCCGCUGCGAGAUGACGGCGUCCUGGCUGAACAUCAGAGUCUCCGCGCGCUUCUUGGGCUGCGACAUCUUGAUGAACAUGCAGCCGAUGAGGAAGGCGUCCACGAUGGAGCCCAGCAGCGACUGGAAGAGGAAGAGGAUGAUGCCCUCCGGACACUUCUCCGUGAUGUAGCGGUAGCCGUAGCCGAUGGUGGCCUCGGUUUCGAUGAAGAAGAGGAAGGCGGAGGGGAAGUUGUAGACGUUGGCCACGCAGGGGGUGUAGGAGGCGUCGUGGCCGUGGUUGAGGUCCCCCCUGAUGUAGGCGAUGAUCCACCACAUGGACGCCAUCACCAGCCAGGCCACGGUGUAGGUCAGGAUGAAGAUGAGCAGGUUCCAGCGCCACUUGAGGUCCACCAGCGUGGUGAAGAGGUCCGACAGGUAGCGGCUGGUCUCGCCGCCCAGGUUUCCGUGCUGCACGUUGCAGCGGCCGUUCUUCUCCACGAAGCGCUGACGCUUCUUCUUCACCGGUGCCGAGAAAGCGCUGGCCCGAUUCGUGUUGACCACCUGGUAGUCUUCGCCGAAUUUCCUACGCAGUGCCGCCAUUGAAGCUCCUCCCGCGUUAAAGGGACCCACAAUGCACCGCGCAGAGCCAAGAUGGAAGACCCCAGCAGCUGCAGGAGAACAAUGUUUUGCCUCUAGAUUUUUGGGGGAAACGGACCGUAGAGAGCGAAUUAGCCCGGCCCGAGGAGCGGCGUGUGGUCAUGCAGCGGAUGACACCGAUUGGCACGCCGUAGUCAUCCCGCCAUGAGCAUCAUCCAAGACAAGCUAGGCAACGACUUCCUACGCUCCAACGGCGGUGGCAUGGACUCCAACUUCGGCCCCGGCAUGAUCAUGUUCAGCCACUUGCCGCCGGUCGCCAGCUUCACCCGCCUGGCACCUCAGGAGAUGAUCCUGAAGAAGGAGCGGGACUCGCCCGACUGCAGUGCCGGCUCCCUGAGCGGAGGCGGCGUGGGAGACUACGUCCACGCUCUCGGCAUCAAGCAGGAGAAGGUGUCAGAGCACGAUUACCGCCUGCCGCUCUAUCCGGGAGGGCUGGGAAAGAGCGCAGAGCUGCUGGAGCUGACGGUCAGCAACAACCAGAACCUGCUGGUGCACGAGCUCAACAUGGCCAACCUGCCGGGUCAGUUGGGAAAGGAGUCCGCUGGGAGGAAAGGUCGAAGGUCAAAUGGGGAUGGCCAGGAGGGAAGGCCGCGGAAGAAGCGGAGCGAGAAGUCCGUGCUGCUGGAUGCAGAUAGCGGCAGCUUGUCGCCAGGAAGCAAGCCUCACAUCUGCGAGCACUGCAGCGCUGCCUUCAGGAGCUCCUAUCACCUCCGCAGACACGUCCUCAUUCACACAGGUGAGAGACCCUUCAGGUGCAGCCAGUGUAACAUGAGCUUCAUUCAAAAGUACCUCCUCCAACGCCACGAGAAGAUCCACAGCGGAGAGAAGCCAUUCAGCUGCGACCAGUGCAACAUGCGCUUCAUCCAGAAGUACCACAUGGAGAGACACAAGCGCACGCACAGCGGGGAGAAGCCGUACAGAUGUGAGACCUGCCAACAGUAUUUUUCCAGGACGGACCGCCUGCUGAAGCACAAGCGAACCUGUGGAGAAGUGUUAAGGAAAGGACUGGAUCCUGGCAUGAUGGACAUGGGAUGUGUGGACAUGGGCAGCUAUGGAAUCACUCAGGGAAACACUGGGAGAAAAAGAGGCCGCUCCAAGAAUCCUGGAGAGGGAGGAGCCCGGAAGAAGAAAAAGGGGGACGGCGGGACGCUGAGAGUGCCUCACGUUCCCGACACUGUAUCGGGAGCGUAUAGCAUUCAUGAGUAUGCCGUGGAGAACCAGAGUGUGUCCUUGUCCACCGAGCCGGGUCCCAGUAUGGAACACCACGGCCGUGCUCCAAAGAUGGCCUUCAAGAAGGCCCAUCGUAAAGGUGUGGACAAAGGCGGAAAGGCGGAUUUGUUGGAGCAGAGUGGAGCCGCCGUGGAUCACGGUCUGGGCCUCAUGCAGGCCAAUGGUGCCAAAGUAGGUGGGACCGCCAGCAGUAACUAUGACGACGCCAUGCAAUUUCUCAAGAAGCGGCGCUACCUUCACAGCACACACAGUGUGACAGCAUCAGGGCCCGCAGUGGGUGUGGGAAGUGGCAACGAAUAUGACGUCAGCCUGUUGUCCUCACAUCCCUCUGUCAUCCAGGGCGCAGUGUCCGCCGUGAUGGACGGCGACGCCCCACUCAGUCUGGACAAGUCUGGGAUCCCCGAUGAAGUGCUUCAAAGCCUCCUGGACCACUACAGCCAGAAACCAGACGGCUCCCAUCAUGACAUCCACUUUGAUAUCAGCGAUCAGCAUGUGGAGCUCAACCCCCCCGAUGCAGACGCACCCAGCCCGCCUGGGGACAAGACGGCCAUGAUGAACGAGUACUCGCGCUUCCUGCUUCAGGCUCUGGAGCGCACUAGCCACACUGGCGGCUUCCCACUCGGGCCCGGUCCUGCUUCCUCUGGACCCUUCACCACGGUCCACCCCGUCAACCCCCUCUACUCUGACAAGAACAUCUACACUACGCCCCCCUUGGAGUGCGGCUUCGGCCCCUCAGUGCCCAAGUCGCACUUUGCCAUGCUGGCUGGCUCCUCGCCGCAGCACGUCUUCCACCUGAGCAGCCUGGAUGCCCCCCUGCCGCACCAGCAGCUCACCCCCUCGCAGGAGCUCAGCGAGCAGAUGGAGAAGCAGCACUCCUCCACCCCGCCUUCCUCCUACCAGAUCAGCCCCUCUGACCUGAGCAGCCAAAAGGAACCCGCCAAGAACGCAGUCUUCCCGCUGACCUCCCAGAUAGAAAACUUUGCGCAGGCUUUCGGCUCUCAGUUCAAGUCGGAAGAGCGCGGCAUGUGCUAUGGCGCCGACUCUAGCGGGGACGCGGAGCACCGGAUAAGGACGCCCGUGUCCGAGUUCUCAGGGUACAGCACCUUGUUGUCUGACGUCGGUGAGCCGACCAGCUCAGCUUCUAAAACGCCGACCAGCCAAAGCUUCCGAUGAGGCCACACUGUCCUUAAAAGGUAUAAGUUCUAUUUUUUUAAAGAAGGGACAUCAUUAUUUGAAUUCUUCUCAAGCUGUGUUUGUCUUCACACAGGACAAUAUCCUCUAAAUAUUUUUUAACUUAAGUGCUCGUCAAUCUAGUAUUAGUAUUUUUAUUAUUAUUGUUAUUUGUAUGUUCCACCAGCAAGCUGACUUGUUAGAGCGAUCAAGGGGGGGAGCAAAAAAAAAGGGUUCGUGUUGCAAGUAUUACUCAGGAAACAGGAAGUUGCUGACAUGCUGAAUGAGUGUGAACACUGAAAACACUUUCUACUUGGCGAUAAAGAGAUUAUGGUACUCAAUGUGAAACUCAUCUUUCCUCUCAAUAAGGGCCAUAUAUUAUCUAUAUAUAUAUAUUUAUAAACUUCUAUAUUUGAAAUACAUAGCUUACAGAUGCAAGAGGAAGAAUGAGAACUGCAGAGGUGGUAAAUUAAUGUUCCUGGUAUAGUUUUAAAGGAAAACUACAGUUUUGUCAUUUUGCCGAUCAUCCACAAUCCUGACAUGUGAGACAUGAACACGUCUCUCUUUUCUGUGCUUCUAAAGAUAGAAAACAGACAGCUCAGUACCGCACGUAUGGGACCCACUUAUACCGCUCAUUAAGCCUUCUCAAGGAUGCACAUUAACAUUAUUAUUAACAUGGUUACGCAGAUGGAACUACGUUACUGGCCAUACUGACACUUAGCCAUAGCACGCCAUGGUCACGCUCACGCUUCAGACCACUACAAAAAGGCAAGGCUACAAAUUUGAGCUGACGCCGCUGCUGCUGUGUUUUUACGUAACGCUAGGUGUAGGCGUUUCUAUACUGCUAUGUGAAAUCAAUGCGCUUAGUACUCCAAAGCUCAUUUAAUACUUAGAAUGGUCCAAAUACUCUAAGUAUUACAUGUGAUGAAUUACCUGUUACUACAUAGUUACAGCAUGGAUAUGAAACCUGAUUGGUGUUUUAAUAGCAGCCUUUGUAGGCAGCAUAGGUGUGUCCCAUUAGGUGCGGUACUGAGCUGUCUCUUUUUACAUCUUUAGAACGCACAGAAAAGAGAAAGACGUGUUCAUGUCUCACAUGAGGAUGGUGGCUGACACGCUAAAUAAAAAAAAAAGUGCAGUUUUUCUUUAAAGAGCUAAAGUAACGUUGGGGCUUUUUUGGCCAACAGGGGGUGCUGUUGGACAGCAAUAGAAUGGUCUUACCUGCUCUCUUCCUCUUCACGUCUCUUCUAGUAAGGAGUGUUAGGGCCACACUGCCAAGACAACAGAGACCAAUGAAAACAAGUUGCAGUAUUACGAGGAAAAUAAAGUUGCAACAAUGCAGGAAAAAUUUGCCGUCGCACAAGAAUAAAGUCGUAAUUUUAGAACAUCAGAGACUGCGAGUGGCCGAUGCGUUCAUCAUGAACGUGAACACGGCUACAAAAUCUAACCGCUGCUGUUCGUAAUGUUACACAUUUAUCAUACUUUAACGCCCCCUCACCCGUGACCUUUCCUCAAGCCAUUAUGACAUAACUGGGGUGUCACAAGAUCUUGCGAGAUUAAAACAUGAUUCAUUCAUCGUUCGGAAAAAAAACUGUCCUGUAAAUAAAUGAAUUCAUCACAAGAAUGAAAACGAACUGGAUAAGUUUACCAUGUGCAUGCGUGUCUGUUCUCCCUCGUCUCUCGUCUCUAAACAGGCAGGAAGAGGGUUCACUCUGCAUUGAUUUCAACAACGGCAUGAGCGGAGUGAGCCCCUUUGUCUCAGUGGGUGGAGGCAGGGUUGCUAGCAUACACACAGAGUGCAGAAGAGUAGCAUAGUAGAAAUUAAAUUAGUAGAUUGAAAAAAUAUUGCAAUGUACUUUUUGUAAAAGUAAAGUUAAUAUGUCGUCACCUGACACCCCAAGACAUCACACAUAAUAAUGUAAUAGUACGACUUUAUCCUUGUAUUUGUACUCAACUUUAUUACUACUUUUUCUCCCUGACAGUUUUUAAACUAAAUGUUACAAAUUCCCGUACAGUUGUUUUUUUUUCCUCAUCAAAAUGGAAUACUGUUUAUUGUAAGAUUUCUUGCAGUGUUGCUAAUUUUAUUCUCAUAAAAUCAAACGUGUUUUCAUAGCAUACCAACUUUGCUACAAUUUCGCUGUAAGACACAAACUUCGUGACAGCGGCUACACCUUUUUCUCUUGUCAUUUUACACUUUCUUCUUGCAAAAUUAUGUAACAUCUUCCCCCAAUACGGCCGUCCCUCGCAAUGUUGCGGUUUCAUUAUCGCUCCCUCACUAUAUGGCAGGUUUUCCGAAAUGAAUUAAUAAAUGAUGGCUGUCUUGUGGUAGACUUCGGUCUAUUAAAACAUUGAAAUACAAGUGAUAUGUAGUAUUCUGGCCACUAGGCGGCAGUAAUGACAAAACAUUGACGAGCCAUUAGCUUACAUGACAUUAACACUGCAGUCUGUGAAGUCAGCCACGGCAUGUCCAUUCAGUGUGGAAGUGGUAAGUUUUUAGCUUCUUAAGUUUAGAAUAAAUAAAUAUGAGGCUAACUGGUUAGCACGCUAGCUAGUUAGCAGCCAUCUCGAGUCCCUACAGUAUCAGAGUUGUAAUGUGUUGUAAACAAUGAAUAAUAGGAGUGUAAAGGUGAUAACAUUAAAACCCGUAUUUUGAAAGCCCUAAACACCUUUUCUAUGCUUUAACUAAGAAAAUAUUCCAUUUAACACCGUACCCUAUAUCACGGAAAUUCAUUUAUCAUGGUCGGGUCUGGAGCCGUAUAAACGAGGGACUGUAUUGUGUUUUAUCUUGCAAUAGUACAAGUAUUACUACCACUUAUCCUCAUACUACUACGACGUUAGACUCGCAAAAAUACAACUUUUUAUGGAAUGGUACAACAUUUUUGCUAGUUAGAUGUCUCAGGAAUCGUCUUGCAUCUUUCUCGGAAUUUUACGGCGGUUUUGUCAUACAGUUGCAACUUUUUUCUUACGGAACUAAAAUGUUACGAAUUCUUGUUCAAUUCAGUUUUUUCUCAUCAAAAUACGGCGUCACUUUUCUCGCAAUGUUGCUCAUUUAUUCUCGUAAAAUUAAAGCGUUUUUUUUAAAUAUACCAACUUCUAUGCCGUUGUCGUAAUGCACAGACCUUGUGACAGUAGCGACGCCUUUUUCUCUCUCGUCCUUUUCCAGCUGUAGUCUUGCAUAAUUACGUAACAUUGUCUCGCCCAAAUAUUGGGUUUUUCUUGUAAUACUACAACUUUUUCCUCAUGCUAAUUAGGACAUCAGGCUUUUUUCCGAUUGAUAUCGCUUAACUUUUUUAAAAAUAUUUUUUUAUAUAAAUAUUAUGGCUCUUUUCUACGACUUUUUUUUUAAAUUAAAAAAUCAGAAUACAAUAAAAUGCAGUGUUGCUAAUUUAUUGUCAUAAAAAAUGAAGCGUGUUACUGUAACAUCAUUGGUUGUAAUCCACCAUCCUUGUAAGAACGCCUGCUUUCUCUCGUCUUAUUCCAGCUUUAUUCUUGCACGGGUACGACUUCUGUCUUGGAAUUCCACGACUUAAUUCUUGCGAUUCGGACUGUGAGUAAUCAUUAUUUUCUACGUUGAUUCAUCUGAAGCUUGUUGUUUUGUUCGGUCGGUUGGACCCGAGUCGUCCCAAAUCAAUAUGAAGCAAACACAAACAUAUCAGAAAAGAAGCAAAGACGUCAUCCUUACCGUUUUCCAAAGUCAAAGCUGAUGCGUUUAAAUAUCUUGUUGUACCUAAAACACAAAAGAUACUAGGUAUGCUUUCAUGGAUGACUAAGGAAAUAAAAUAUUCACAUUUGAGAGGGAUGAGAUUUGUUGGGUUUUUUUUUUUUACUCGAAUCCCAAAAUAGUUGCCAGUUAAUUGGAUAAUUGAUUAAUCAAUGAUUAAUUAUUGCUGGCAAAGUACGACACUGUUGUGGCUUUUGUUGUUGUGUUUCAAGUGUGGUCCUAACGCUUGCUUGCAGCCGUGCGCAUUUCAAAGCCUCCAAUGAGCACUUUGAGCCUUCAAGCUCAAACGUCGCAAAUGAACAUUUUUUCUGUUUUGUGUUGUUGCAGAUGUUUGAACGCUGUGAUGGGGAUUUGGGAGGUGUGAUAGUGGUUCUUAUCUUUGCUAUUCUUCUUACAUUUUGGGAGGCGGGGGGGGGUGGCCUUUUUAAAUGGGGAUGGUGUAAAUGUCAGAGACCCUUUUAGUUGCUAGUUGGAUGUUCCCUAUUGAAUUUGACGCAAAACAUGUUUGUGAGGAAAGAAAAAGAAAUAAUUUGUAUGCAUUUAGACUUUUUUCAAGAUGUCAUGGAGCAAAGUGUAGAUUUGAAAUUGGCUGAGUCGAUGUUAGAUGUCAUUUGGAUGCUUUUAUAAAUGUAUUUAUGCCUUUCAAAAAAAACAACACGCUGUCUUCCAUGGAAGUGACUGUGCUGACCUGACCCCCCUUUGUGAUUGCUGGGGGGGGGGGAGGGGUCUGCCUCACAUAUAUACCUCAUAUCUGAGAUGCAAAGACGCGAACGACUGAUGAUUUCUACAAAAUGUCUUUGCGGGACUAUUUUUGUACCGAGGACGACGUUUAAAGGCCAAUCAGUGUUCACUGUCCUCAUCUCUCAUUGUUUACAAGCCUUAGUAACACUACUUUCAACUAAAUAAUAUCACCAACACUUUUCAAGUUGAUUUUUAUGGACAUUAUUUGACAACCACCAGCUGAUGAUGAUGUAGCUGAUGGCUUUAUUUUUUUGGUGACAACUUCAUGAGACUGUACCUGUCCAAUGGAAUGAGUUGUGAUUAGGGAGAAAAUAAAAAAUACUCAUG